CCUUCCCCGAAAGGAACAACCCAACUACCCAUUUGGACUCGAUAGUAAUAACAACCAAUCAUAAACAUGGAACGCUUUUUUGCAGGCCUUGUUAUUGGUUUGAGGUUCCCGUGAAACUCGCUGUCUCCCACACACAUCCAUCCAACUUUCGUCCUUUUUUUCAGCAUUAGCAUCUCCGCUCAUGGCCAAGUGGCCAUCUGCACCCUCAUUCCAUUUGAGGGAAUACUUGGGCUUUGGAUUUUCAGUAAUGUGAUCCGGAGGCCGGGGAUUCUGUCUUCUCCCUCAAAAUCUGGAGGUGGGUGUCCCAGACUUCCAUUAUCUUUUAAGGAAAUUCGUUACAGGGUCUUGUGGGUCUUGAUUUUUCUGGCGCUUUUGGAUGUGGGUAUUACGUGUUCUUGAUUUUCCGGGAAAAUUGGGUGAUUGUGGUCUGAAAAUUUGAAUCUUUUGGUUUAGGGGUAUUCUUGGGAGGUAGGUAUUGGAGGAUUUGUGCUUUGGGGAGGAAAUUCGAUUCUGAAGGGAAAAUUUUCCUGGAGAAUUUGAUUCUUGGGGGAAAUUAUGAAGAGGGUAUUGGGGAUUUUUCAAUCUCCCAGAAGUGAUUUGUUGUAGUGUGAUUGAGAACCAAGAAGUUUGCGGGCAAAGAAUUGAUUGGCUUGUUGUAUGUUUUCCUGGGUCUUCUUCUUGAAGUUAUCGAGAUCUUUAGCAAAAUUGAGAGGGAUUUAAGGUUUUCAGGUGAUUAUUUUCUCAGGGUCCUAUUAGAGUCCGGCUGGAUUCUGAUGGUUUCAACAAAUUGUUUUCUGAUGUGAAAGCAAAGUUUUGUUGUGGGUUGUUGAACAGUUUGGUAGAAAAUAAGAGAUCUGUGAUCAAAGAGAAUCAUCUAUUUUGUCUUUAUUGUAAUGUGGUUGUGUGAUCCAAAGACCCCAGGGGAAAAAAGUUGUUUGGAACUUAAAGAAUCUUUGUGGGUCGUGGCAUUGCUUCCUCUGUGAAGCUUAAGAAUCUUUGUGCAGUUUGGAAAAAGAACCCUAUAUCUUUCUUCUUUCAAUUUGAGGGUUGUAAUAUAAAUUGGGACCAUGAGAUUUCUGAGUUUGGUGGGCAAUUCCUUUGGAUGUUCGGCGUCCGGAGAGCGGCUGGUUUCCGCGGCUAGAGAUGGAGAUUUUCAAGAAGCUAAAGCUCUACUGGAGUACAAUCCCCGUCUAGCUAGGUAUUCAACUUUCGGAGUUCGAAAUUCGCCCCUCCAUUACUCUGCAGCUCAAGGCCACCAUGAGAUUGUCUCGUUGUUGCUUGAAUCAGGGGUUGAUAUUAAUCUCAGGAAUUAUCGUGGGCAGACUGCUUUGAUGCAAGCUUGUCAAUAUGGUCACUGGGAGGUUGUUCAGACUCUAAUUCUCUUCAAAGCAAAUAUCCACAGAGCGGACUAUAUCAAUGGAGGUACUGCACUUCACUUGGCUGCUUUGAAUGGACAUUCGCGAUGCAUUCGGCUUCUCCUUACAGAUUAUAUUCCUAGCAUUCCUAAUGCUUGGAAUAUCUUGAGUAAAAUGUCAGAAAAUGAAAGUUCCGUUUCAGAAUUUGAUGAAAGUGCACUCCAUGAGAUAAUAAAUAGACCAGCUGAUGGAGGCAUCACUGCCCUUCAUAUGGCUGCAUUGAAUGGGCAUGUGGAAACUGUGCAAUUACUCCUUGACCUAGGAGCUUCUGUUUCUGAGGUCACAGUGGAAGAUGGAACUACGAUUGAUUUAAUUGCAGGUGCAGGGAGCACGGCCCUUCAUUAUGCUGCAUGUGGUGGAAAUGCACAAUGUUGUCAAAUUUUGGUCGCCAAGGGUUCCAGUCUAAGUACGGAAAAUGCAAAUGGAUGGACUCCCUUGAUGGUUGCUCGCUCAUGGAAUAGAGAUGGCCUUGAGGAAAUUCUUAGCUCCGAGCUAGAAGAGCAGUCUCAACUUCUUCCAUCACCGUAUAUAUGUCUUCCCCUUAUGAGCAUUGUCAAAAUUGCUAGAGAAUGCGGAUGGAGGGACAGCGAUAACAAUCCUGUAUGCCUAGACCCUUGUGUUGUUUGUUUGGAAAGAAAAUGCACGGUAGCGGUCGAAGGUUGCGAUCAUGAGUUCUGUACAAGUUGUGCCCUAUACCUCUGUUCUACUAACAGCUCCUCAACUUCGGUCCACGGUCCACCGGGGUCAAUCCCAUGCCCUCUCUGCCGCCACGGAAUCGUAUCAUUCGUCAAGCUCCCAGGCACCGGCCCACUAUACAAGGAGAAUAGCGCAAGAACAAGUUUGUCCCUAACAUUUUGUUCGUGCUCAACCGAGGGUAUGGAAAGGAAUUCAAUGGAAACCCCAUUUUGCAAACCCGAUUUCCACUGCACCCGUAUUUCGCCACUCGGGUCUUCUUUCCGGUCCCUGAGUUGCCAGAGUUUUCCCUCAGUGAAGCUCAGCCCGAGCCUUUGUAUGGGAGCUCCCGACACGAACCCUUGUUUGGUUCGUAGAAGUAGGUGUUUGAGACCCGGGUUCAGACGUUCAACUUCUGACGGUGAGAGUAGAAGAUCAUGGUUUUGCUCUCUUAAUCAGUACGUAGCAACUGGCAGCGGAUGCUGAAAAUAUAUUUCCCUUCACGCAUAAAUUAAAAACAAAAAGAGUGUGAAAAUCGAUUCUCUUUCCCUUCUUUUUUUUUUUUGCCUUUCUGUAUUUUUGCUGGCCGUGAUCAUAAGAUUGGAUUGUUUUCUUGAGAGCAAUGUUAAGGUACAGGAAAAGUUUUCCCGAAAAUGUCCGGGAAAGAGAAAUGAAUGGUUCAAAUUCACUUUGAUGUUAGUGAAUCUCAAUCAUUAAUUUAAUUUUCCCCGUACGUUUCGGGAAAAAAUUUCCUAGAUCCUAACAUUUUUGUUCUCUUGAAGAAAGAUAUUGAUUUUGUAAAUAGGAAACACUGAAUGGUAAGCUGUUUGACUGAUGAAUCCUUUGGAAUCUGGGGUUCAUUAGUUUUUUUUUUCGGUCCAUGUCUAAGAUUUGAAUGAUCCCCCAUAAUGAAAGUUACUACUGUAUUUGUUUUGUUUAA